AUGGUGGAGAAGGCCUUGACGACACCCUGGGGACGAGCGAUGGAGACGGAGCCACUGCAGUUGGAGACCCAGGUGCAGCAGAGCAGACGGAGAGCCAGGGCGACACCCAAGGUCCGGAGGACCAAGGCGGAGCUGACGGCUCAGGCGACCGAGGCGGAGACAGGUACCCGGAAGACCGCGGCAGAGCCGGAUCCUGAAGGAAGGAGGAGCCUGACAGAGCCAGAGGGACGGAGUGACAAGGCAAAGCCAAAGGAGUGGAGUCCCGAGGUGACGGAUGGAACCAGCGGAGACAGGGCUGAGAAACUGGCUGGCAUAAGAGGAGGCGAGAGAGGGAGGCUGGAUGGGAGCUUAAGAGUCACAGGAAGCUUAGGAGACACAGGAGAGCUGGACGGAACCAGUGGAGACCCAGGAGACAAUGGAGCUCCCAGAGGCCAGUUGCAGCUCACCGUCAGCAUCGGGAGUGUGGGCGGGUCUUCCCUCCAAGCCCUCAAUCUCCACGAGGACUCCCAUGCCUGCAGACCUGGGUUCUACAAAGCCUUUGCAGGAAACAUCAAAUGUUCAAAGUGUCCCCCACACAGUUCCAGCCACACUGAGGGUUCGGCACAGUGUCACUGUGAAAAGAGCUACUACAGAGCUAACAAGGACCCUCCCACCAUGGCCUGCACACGACUGCCCUCCUCUCCUCGAAACUUGGUUUUUAACAUCAAUGAGACCGCCCUCUUUCUGGAGUGGACUCCACCCAGCGAUACAGGUGGUCGGAAGGAUGUAACCUAUAAUGUCUUCUGUUUCCGAUGUGGAGCUGAUGGCCAGGCCUGUGAGCCAUGCAACAGCAAUGUGCGCUUCAUACCCAGAUCCACAGGCCUCACAAGCACCUCUGUGGUGGUCCAGGACUUUGUGGCGCAUGCCAACUACACAUUCCAAAUCGAGGCUCUUAAUGGAGUGUCGGGUUUAAGCAGAUCUGAGAGACAGCUUGCCAAUAUCACCGUCAGCACAGAGCAGGCUGGUCCGUCUCUGGUAGGCGUGGUGAGAAAAGACUGGGCAUCUCAAACUAGUAUUGCCCUCUCCUGGCAGGAAACUGAGCAGCCACAUGCUGCCAUCCUAGACUACGAGAGCAAGUAUUAUGAAAAGGAACAGGAACAGUUAAGCUACUCCUCUACACGUACAAAGUCUCCAAGCGUGAUAGUGACAGGGCUAAAGCCCUCCACAGUUUACGUGUUCCAUGUGCGCGCCCAUACCCUCGCCGGCUACAGCAGUUACAGCCCCAAGUUUGAGUUCGCCACAGGAGAUGAGAACUCUGAGGAGGCAGCUGAUCAGGGCCAGGUGUUGGUGAUUGUUACAGCCACAGUGGGGGGCUUUUCUCUCCUCAUCAUUCUCACCCUCUUCCUUCUCAUCACUGGCAGGUAUCAGUGGUACAUAAAAUCUAAGAUAAAGUCAGAAGACAAAAAAAGAACACAGUAUCAAAAUGGACAUGUGCCAUUCCCAGGAUUAAAGACUUACAUUGACCCGGACACUUACGAGGACCCCUCACAGGCCGUUCAUGAGUUUGCCAAGGAAAUCGAUCCAUCUCGUAUCCUAAUUGAAAGAGUCAUCGGAGCAGGCGAGUUUGGGGAGGUGUGCAGUGGCUGGCUCCGUAUUCCGGGAAAGAAGGAAAUUCCUGUGGCUAUAAAGACUCUGAAGGGGGGAUACACUGAACGUCAGAGACGGGACUUCCUACGAGAGACGAGCAUCAUGGGACAGUUUGAUAAUCCUAACAUCAUCAGACUGGAGGGUGUGGUUACAAAGAGUCGGCCUGUGAUGAUAGUGGUGGAAUACAUGGAGAAUGGCUCCUUGGACUCUUUUCUGAGGAAGCAUGACGGACACUUCACCGUGAUCCAGCUGGUUGGUAUGCUGCGUGGCAUUGCCUCAGGUAUGAUGUACCUGUCCGACAUCGGCUAUGUCCACCGGGACCUGGCAGCCCGAAAUAUUCUAGUGGAUGACAACCUGGUAUGUAAGGUGUCGGACUUCGGUCUGUCCAGGGUGCUGGAGGACGACCCGGAGGCAGCUUACACCACCACAGGGGGUAAAAUCCCCAUCCGCUGGACAGCUCCAGAGGCAAUUGCCUACAGAAAGUUUUCCUCAGCCAGUGAUGCUUGGAGCUAUGGUAUUGUCAUGUGGGAGGUGAUGUCAUAUGGAGAGAGGCCCUACUGGGAGAUGUCCAACCAAGACGUAAUUCUGUCUAUUGAGGAGGGCUACAGGCUCCCUGCGCCUAUGGGCUGCCCUGUGGCCCUGCACCAGCUCAUGCUUCUCUGCUGGCAGAAGGAACGCAGUCGCCGACCACAGUUUAAUGACAUUGUCAGCUUCCUAGAUAAGCUGAUCCGCAAUCCCAGCAGCCUGCUCACACUGGUGGAAGAUGUAAAUAGCUUCCCAGAAUCCCCUGAGGAUAUGCCAGACUACCCUCUCUUCAUAUCUAUCGGUGAUUGGUUGGAUUCGAUCAAAAUGAGUCAAUACAAGACCAACUUCAUAGCAGCAGGGUACACAACCCUGGAUUCCAUAUCCACCAUGAGUAUUGAUGAUGUAAGAAGAAUCGGAGUGUCUCUGAUUGGCCACCAGAGGAGGAUAGUGAGCAGCAUACAAGCACUACGACUGCAGUUCCUCCACGUUCAACAGAGUGGCUUCCAUGAAAAUUGGACCAUUUACCCGGAGAACCCACAGUAAACAACGGAACAAUGGCACCAUUCUGUUGUUAUGAAGAUGUCAUCUGUCAAUCAUCCUGCAAGUUCUGUGAUUGACUGGACUCCAAACCUGAGAACUUUGAAUAGCAUAUUUGCUAU